AGCAGCAGCAGCAACAGCAGGAGCGGCGGCGCCAUGAAGGUGAAGAAGGGCAGCGGCGCCGGAGGAGGAGGCGCGCCCGGGGCUGGCGCUGGCGGAGGAGCCGCCGCCGCCGCCGCCGCUUGCACCGAGGAGGAACUGCUGCGCAAAGCCGCCAUCAGCCCCGAGGACGUGCUGGGGCUCCCCAAGAUCACCUCCGACUACCUCUGCACCCCGGAGGAGAACGUCUACAAGAUAGAUUUCACCCGGUUCAAAAUCCGAGACAUGGAGUCGGGCACGGUGCUGUUUGAAAUCACCAAGCCGCCGGCUUCAGAGCGAGAGCACAGUGACAAGAAGGACAUUGACCCCAACGCCGGGCGCUUUGUGCGCUACCAGUUCACGCCGGCGUUUCUGCGGCUGCGUCAGGUCGGAGCCACGGUGGAGUUCACCGUGGGCGACAAGCCCAUCAAUAACUUCCGCAUGAUCGAGAGGCAUUACUUCCGGGACCAGCUGCUGAAGAGUUUCGAUUUCGAGUUCGGGUUCUGCAUCCCCAGCAGCAAGAAUACCUGCGAGCACAUCUACGAGUUCCCCCAGCUCUCUGAAGACCUCAUUCAGGAGAUGAUCCUGCACCCCUACGAGACCCAGUCAGACAGUUUCUACUUUGUGGAUAGCAAGCUGGUGAUGCACAACAAAGCGGAUUAUUCCUACAGCGGGGGACCCUGACGCGGAGCCGGCAGGCGCCUUUCCCGCAAAUUCCUGUAGAGAUGGGUCCGGGUUUUCCGCCGGCCGGCGUUGGCAUGGAGAGCCAGGAUCCGAGGACCCUGCCAGGAGCUGGUGUUUUGGGACUAAAAUUAGCUGAAGUCGUUAACUGUUCCUUGAGCUGUCGAGGCAACCCCCCUGCCCACCCCGUCUCCCAGGGAGAGCCUCCUCACACCACCGAGUAACCCCGUAGUUGUGGCUUGAAAUAGCUCCACGUAGUUAACUCCGGGCCAACAAGGUCUGCGUUCCAUACCGGCUAUGGUGUGUGUGUGUCUCUCUUUUCGUCUUUGGCCCAGGGGUUUGGGGUUUUUUUUGGCAGAAAACCGACCCCAGAUGCUCUCUCCAAGAGAGUGGCGUACUCAAUGACCCCCUUUUUCUCGGUGGCAGACGGAUGCGGACUCUGAGACAUGCACCUUCCCUCUGGUCGGAUGAAGGAUCUGUGUGGCCCUCGGGGCAGAGCCCUAACCUCCCGUUCCCAUUUCCUUCAGCGUUCUGAGAAGUGGAAGCAAAUCAGGAUAUCAUCUAGAUAGGUGCUGGGUUUUUUUUAAGACCUGAAGGAGCCUCGGACACUUGGAAAGGGCGACAACUGUGCGUCUGAAGCUGGGUGGGAGCCCAGAUCCCAUAACACCCCAUUCGGCACAAUCCCGGGGUCUCCUGGGUGCCCCACCCUUUGCCAUCUCUCUUGGGGGGGGCCUGGAGGCUUGUCACAGAAACGGGCCGCUGGGGGGGGGGAGCCAGAGGGUCUUUUACUUCCAUUGUCACGCUCCCCCACCCCAAGCCCAGCAAAUUUCUGCAUUCCAAUGCCGUCUGUCAUUUGCACUUAGAAAGAUAGAAAGGUAAAGGUAAAGGGACCCCUGACCAUUAGGUCCAGUCGUGACCGACUCUGGGGUUGCGCGCUCAUCUCCCAUUAUUGGCCGAGGGAGCCGGCGUACAGCUUCCAGGUCAUGUGGCCAGCAUGACAAAGCCGCUUCUGGCAAACCAGUCCAGCACAUGGAAACGCCGUUUUCCUUCCCGCUGUAGCGGUUCCUAUUUAUCUACUUGCAUUUUGACGUGCUUUCGAACUGCUAGGUUGGCAGGAGCUGGGACCGAGCAACGGGAGCUCACCCCGUCACAGGGAUUCGAACCGCCGACCUUCUGAUCAGCAAGCCCUAGGCUCAGUGGUUUAACCACAGCGUCACCUGGGUCCCUGCAAGAUAGAAAGAUAGCUGUGGGUAUAUUAGUCGGCCCCUCAAUGCUUGGAAGACCAGAUGGGGUAUUCCUCUUCUGCCAGGCCUCUUCCAUCUUCUGUGCAAUGCUGGAGAGUGGGGGGGGGGUCUCCAGCCCUUUCGUGGGUCUCCCCUCGUCCUCCGCCCCUCCCGCAGACACCUCUUCCUUCCCUUACAGGCCUGGCCGACAGAACCCCCCCCCUUACCCCAAACCCGACUUCUUUGUUAAAGGGGUGCCUCUCAGACCAGAAUCCAGCCGGGGGGGGGGGCUUUUUGGGAGGGAGAGUAGCCUGCCCUGUUAAGGGGGAUUUGGGGAAUGGGAUUUCCUUAUUUUAAGCAUUCUCUCUCUUUGGCUUGCUUUCCGUGUGAAUCGCCUGGGAAACGUCCCUUCUCCGAAGAUGCGCAAGCCCAAAGGCCAGGGGCCGCAAGCGACUUAAGAUACUGGGGUGCCUCCGUGGGGCUCAUGGGAAGAGCCAAGCUCUCCGUGGGCAUUUGACUCCCCCAGAACGUCCAAGGAGAGGAAGGCGGUGGCGGCGGGGAGUCUUCCCCGUUGGGCUUGGGGGGCUCAGAAGCUGAAAAAUGCAACCAGGAUGGAAUAGAGAGUUUGGGUGGGAGAGAAGGAUUCCUUUUUAUUCCUGUUGUAUCACGGAGCCUCCAGGCCACUGGUGUUUUGUGUGUGGGUGUGGGGGGGUGGCCAUUAUUUAGGGAGCUCUUUAAAUACUAAGCGCGAGUUAAUUGAAACAGCCAUGUGCCGGCCUCCGAAAAGCAGGAUUUUACCGGACAGCAGAUAAGGCCUGUUUCUCAUUCCCUCUCCGGACACAGCAGUCCAAGCGGAAAAGGCAGAGAGUCUCGUGGUCCUUUGCCUUACAGUCUCCUGAAAGUUUUGCAGGCAUCACUGGGCCAAGGAGGGGGUCAACUGAGGGGGGGGGGGGUUGGCAGUCCAGAGCAGGAGGUGUGUGAGGAAGGUGUGUGUGUGUGUGUGCGCGCAUCAUCUCCUGGUCGAGUCGUUUCCCCUAAUUUUGACCAGUCAGAUGAAUUCCAUUUUUCUAUUUUCAAGCAUAAGUAUGGACCAGGGGCAAGACUUGAGCUUCCCGCCAGAAGCAUCACGGAACUGUGACGUUGCUCUUGUUUCCCCCCCCAAAUGUCAAAAUGAAAAUGCAGCGUGCAAAAGAUUGCAGAGCCCGUUUCUGGGGCUCAGCCCAAGACGUUUACCAUUAGCAAUGAUCACGACAGCAUCUUGCAGCUUGGGGGGGGGCGGGGCGCAUGGAUAAGAGUGCGCAAGAGUUUUAAGCACUCAAGGGUGAUCCUUCUUGGCACUUGUCAGUUAAGAAAAAGACAAUCUUCUUAUGGAAGAUCCGAGGAAUUACCUUGUAGCCAAACGGAGGCACGCAAAAGACCCCGUCUUCAGCAAUACCUCUGCCGGCAAUUCUCCUCGGCUGCAGAAUUGCCGCGGUUUAUUUUUUUAUAGCAUUAAAAAAAUAGGUUGGCUGUGUUGUAAGCGGCACGAUUCUCUGUCGUUGGAGGAAAAUCAUUCCCACUGGGCAGAGUUCUUUCCUCCCCACCUCUUUUCUUUGGGGGAAGGGUGGCACAAAAGUCCCGGGUUCAAAGUCCCAGGAUGAGGCCUGCCCUGUACUCCUGCAGAGCCAUAGCUGCCUGUCAGUGUGGGCAAUACUGAGGUAGGCAGGCCGGCAGCCUGACUUGGCAAACGGGGGCCACUCGUGUCCCUAACUUCACUCACAACCAUGAGGACUGGAAUCUUUAUUUUUAAAAGAAGGGCUGUAGUGGUCGAGUGCCUGCUUUGGAUGCAGAAGGUCCCGGGUUCAAUCUCCAGGGGCAUCUCCGGGUAGGGCUGGCAGAGAGCCCUGGAGAGCUGCUGCUGCCAGUCAGUGCCGGCAAUACUGAGCUAGAUGGGCCUGGCUCUGCACAAGACAGCUUCCUACAUUCCCACUGUUGAGGUGGUAAGAGGCUCACAAUACCCCCCCCUCCAGUCUGGUUUCUGGGAUUUCUAGAGAGAGAAAAAAAGGGGGGGGCUGCAGGAUUUCUUACAGAAAUGGCCGCAUUCUCAUUUCUGUGCCCUUCUAAAGUUUUCACAAAUGGAAAGCUGUGUAGAAUAAUGGAAUGGUAGGGUUGGGAAGGACCCAAAGGUCGUCUCGUCCAGCUCCCAGCAGUGUAGAGAUUUUGCCCGCAGCCAUCCCUGGGCGGGCUUGAACCACUGACCCCCCCCCCCCGGUGAACAGCCAGACCUAUUGGUGAGAUGUGCUUUUAAGGCGAGAGGCUGGGAGGGAGAGGAGGAGUCUGAAGAGCUCUCUGCCUGGGGGCAGCCAAGGGGGACCCCUGCCUCUCAUUGGGGUUGGGGAACACUCUCCAAAUUGCAGCCUCGCUGGUAGGACAGGAGGGAUCAAUGCUCCGAUUCGGCCAAAGCAGCGCCCUGUGUCCCUACUUCAUUCAUCCCGCUCUGCUCACGGCCCCCCACCCCGUCCGAUGGAAGGCGUCCACAAAAGCUCCUCCUGUAGUAUAAUAAUAAGUCUCUUAAGGUGCCACAAGACUUCCACAGAGCCACAAAACGGACACAUUAAAUGCUCAUCAAAUGCACAGAAGAUUUUCAUUGAUUGUCUGGCCUUUGGAGAGAUUUUUAGCAUCACCUGGCAAAACGCUCUUAAGAAGUGUGUGGUUUUCUUUUUUGUGUGUGUGUGUGUGUCUCUUUUGAGUUGUGGGUGUGCGAGUUCACAUGACCCAGCUGCUGUGGUGAUAAUAUUAGAAUGCAACGAUUUAGCUGCGAUUCCUGCAUCACAGGGGGGUUGGGCUACAUAGAUGUCCCUCGGGGUCCCCUCCAAGUCUACAGUUCUCCCAUUCAGUCACUGGGAAUCAAGUUCCGGAUGUGACACAGUUCUUUGUCCACCUGCCUAGAGCUGCAGCGCAUCAUUUGAUAGGUAGACAUUAGGAUUCCUCCUUGGGGGACACGGUAGCAAUGUUCACCGUAUCCAUUUCCCUUGCUUAGCUACCAAACUCAUCAGAUUUCAUAGGAACAUGCGACGCAAGCGGCAGAUGCAAGUUGCCAGAGCAUGGAGGGGUCUGCAAUGCUGAAUUUGAAACCAAAAGAAGUGGGUGAUUAUUCCAGGAAAAAUAAAAUAGGAUUUAUAAUAGCCAGGUCUUCCUUGUAGGAAUGGGAGGCAUCUAAAGGAGAUUACAGACGAGCGGAGAUUUUAAAGGGCCACGUAGAAGAAAUGGGAGAAAGGGCAAAUCACGAAGGAAGAGUUUAAGUGAGUAAGCAACUCUUGCAGGGAGAAGGUCAGGCGGACCAUUGCAAGAGAGGUUGAAAAUUUAAAAGGUUUCCCCCACUGGUGAAGAAUAAGCAAGGAGUAUGUUCGUUUUGGGGGUGGAAAAUGGAGAAUUGCUUUUGGGUGACAGAGAGAAGGCAGAGCUGCUUGGUCAUCUACGGCCAGUCUCCAGACAUGGCUGGACUCCCAUCAGCCAGCAUGACCAAUGGUUAGGGAUGGCGCCGGUGGGAGCUGCAGCCCACAAAUAUCUGGAAGGCAGCAUGGAUGCCCCCGAUCCUCGGGCGAAAGGGGAAUUGUUUCAAAACCAUUUUGCGUUUCCACUUACAGGUUAUGGGGUGUUUUUUUUUUCCGGGUGGGACGGGAAAGGACUUUGGAAAAAAAAGAAGAAGCAAACUUUCCUCGAACAAAUGUUUGUUCUCCUGUAAAACUGUAAAAAUGAUCAAUCGCCCAGCUAUGGCACAAACGUCCCUCUCCAAAUACUUGAAAGUAAACGAGUGAUCCAAAAUAAGCGAGCUGGUGUUUUCUUUGCCUGUUUUAAACUCUCCUUUGUUUGAG